CCCCUCUGCUCGCCCCACGAGAGUGGAUCUGUCCUGAGCAGCAGGAAACGAAACCCGAUGGAGCUCGUGAUGCCGGUUUCCUGCUUCUCCCGAAAACCCAGCCAGACUGGCAUCUUCCCCGCUGGCUCAGCCAGCUCUCGGGCACGAAAGCAGCAGUUCCUGUCCCUUCUCCUGGGACCAAGGGCUUCUUCUCCCGUGCUGCCCCUGCCUGCUUAGCUCAAAUCCCACCCUCAGUACCAGUGGGUCCAUCCAGCAUCCCCUGAGGAGCAUGGGGGCUGCAUCCAGCCUCCAGGCUGGGGGCUUCGGAGUUUCCCCUUCAUGCUCCAGCAAGGCAUCCAUCGCUCCUGUCCUCCAGGCAGACCCGAUUCCCUCCACAGCCAGCAUCCGCACAGCUGUGUGGCAGAUCUGGAAAAGGACGAAGUGAUUUUUCCAGUGACUCAUUCUCUCAUUCUCGGUCUUUCCUUUUUUUUUUUUUUUUUCGUUUUAAAGGCACAUCCUCAGCCUUGCACCCAGCAGAAGCCAAAUGCCUGCUCAUCGCCCCACCCAAGCACAGGGCCCGAGAACAACCCCCGCCCUCCUCCCAAAAGCUGACAGCCGAGGGCACGUUGCAGACUGAAAAAGGAAGCUGCCGAACUCCAACGCUGUUUUUACCCACUUUCACUUUGUCCAUCAGCCUGGCCAAAGCUGGACCCCCUCUGCUGCACAACCUCCCUCGCUGCUGGGAAAACCCUGCACCCGGAGCCCACGCAAAAACCAGCCAAGUUGCUGAGAAAGCUCCAGAACCGAUUUCAACAGCUUUCCAAGCUUGGGAGAUCGAGCGUCCAGUGGUAACUCCACUGGUAAAUCACUUUUGUGGGAGGUGACUAAAGCCAGAGGAAAGACAACGAACGUGCAAACAACAGGGGAAGAAACACCUGUCCCCUUGCUAAUCUUUGCUGCAGAAAUAUUUUUGGAGAAUUUAGUGGGAAACUGAAGAGUCUGAGUUUUCCCUUCUUGCUUAGGCUGAAUCCCUCUUCAACCCAUUUUGAAGCAUCCCUAAUAAUAGCAGCCAGCUCCAAGGGCUUGGGGCGCCAGCUGGAAGGAACAGCAGUGAAGGUGGUGUGCUCCCAGAACAGCCCCUUGCAUGUCAGCAGGCCCAAGGCCACUUCACCCCACAUUGUCGUGCCCCUUGGUGCUGGGACAAGAGCCAGCACGACCCCCUGCUGCUCCAGCCACCUCUCAGGCCCCAGCCCUAGGACGAGAUGGCCGCCCUUGUCGCUGAAAACUUCCGCUUCCUCUCCUUGUUCUUCAAGAGCAAAGAUGUGAUGAUCUUCAAUGGCCUGGUGGCCCUGGGCACAGUAGGUAGCGAGGAGCUCUUCUCCGUCGUUGCCUUCAACUGUCCUUGCUCCCCAGCCCGUAACUACAUCUACGGGCUGGCUGCCAUCGGUGUCCCAGCUCUGGCCCUCUUCCUCAUCGGUGUCAUCUGGAACAACCACACCUGGAACCUAGUGGCUGAGUGCCACAAGCGUGGCACCAAGAAUUUCUCCACUGCUGCCACUUUCCUCCUCUUUGGCUCCAUCAUGGGCCGGGCGGCCGUGGCACCCGUCACCUGGUCGGUCAUCUCACUGCUGCGGGGGGAGGCUUACAUCUGUGCCCUCAGCGAGUUUGUCAAGCCAUCCUCCCUGGACAAGUUUCCGGCUGAGUACGGAGCUGAGAUGCUGGCAAGGUUCCCCUGUAAAGACAUACCAUCAAACCUCACCAAGUUCAGGGACGAGGUGACACGGAGGCUGAGAUACGAGUCCCAGCUCUUUGGCUGGCUGCUCAUCGGGAUCGUCGCAGUCCUGGUUUUCCUCACCAAGUGCCUGAAGCACUGCUGUUCGCCACUGAGCUACCGGCAGGAGGCCUACUGGUCCCAGUACCGCGCCAACGAGGACAAGCUCUUUCGUCGCACAGCUGAGGUCCACUCCAGGAUCCUGGCAGCCAACAACGUGAAGCAUUUCUUUGGUUUUGUGGCGUUGGACAAGGAGGAGAAGGAGUUGGUGCAGGAGUUCCCAGUGGAAGGUGUCCAGCCAAGCCCCCAGUGGAAUGCCAUCACAGGUGUCUACAUCUACCGGGAGAACAAGGGCUUCCCCCUCUACAGCCGGCUCCACAAAUGGGCCAAAGGGGUGGAAGGGAACGGGCCAACACCAGAGGGCCAUGAAAUGCUCUUUUUGGCUUCUUAACACAGACAGGCGCUGGGAGCAGUUCCCCAGACUGCCUGAGAGGCCUAUCAGUAUCGGUGUGCAGCUGAUGGAUUCACUGGGAAUAUUGCUCCCAGCAGGAUUAUUUUUCUCAGAAGGUAAAAAGGGAUCAACAGCCUCAAGGUAGAGGCCGAUAAGCAAUACAGUGAACUCAGGAACCUCUCCUCUGGAGAAAAACAUCUUGCCAAUGAUCCCAGAGAUACAAGGUGAGCAAACAGCAGAUGCACACCUUACCUCCAGGCUGGUGGUGAGCCCUGCUGCCUAAUCACCAGCAGAGACCUCAGGGAGCAAGAGGUGGGACCAUUUCUAACAGCGACUACUGCAGUCCCACCCAUCUUACCCCCAACCCCAGCAGGGCUAGCCCUCACCUUCCCACACACCCACCUUCUUACGCCAUUCUGCAGUGCCUGUUAUACAGAAAGGUCAUGGAGUGCUUUACAGACUUCCCAGAGCAGGACAAGAGGGAAGCAGUGGGUAAAUACCUGUGGCAGCAGGGAUGCAGUAACAGCUGGGAAGGAGUGGGUCAGUAAUACAGCAGCACACCAAAUAAUCAAGAGACUAAGGCAGGAGGAAUCACCAAUGUUCCUGGUAUUCAGAAAGACACUGUAAUUACAAAGCUGAAAUUUGGGUAGGACACCAAACUCUUUGUCCUUACUGAAGUGCCUAGCCAUCUCUAAUGAGCCCAAAGGGUCGCAGCCAUGAGUUUAUAACUCUGAAGAUGGCACCAUCAGCAGAAUAGCUUUCAGGUAAGCUGGCUGGGUAGAAGAGCAGUACUCGCAGUGAAUCACAGCACUGUCUGCAGCUCAUCGCAUUGCUCAUCCAUCACUGGAUGAGAGUCCUGCUUGUUUGUGUUGAUGAGUUGCAGCAAGACCCCAGCCAGAAUUAGUUAUAUACAUAUAAUUAUAUAUACACACAUACACGCACACUGAGUAAUUAUACUUAGCUGUACUAAUGGAGCAUCUUUCUUCCAAGGUAAAGGGGCAAGAAGCUUGCCUGCCAAAAUACAUUACAUAAACUCACCUGCUGCAUUGACACCGCAGCCCUACGGUGACAGUGGGAAUGGGAUAGGGGGGCACAGCCUUCUCCCUACUCUUCCACCACUGAACUUCCUUAAAAACUCCUUUCACUACUUUAAAUGGUCCCUGCAGCAGACUCUCUUUUAGGGAUUUAACUGUACUGAGAGAGAGGUACCAAAGAGGUAUAAUAUUACUGCCAUUGCUGUGAUGUUGUGCUGACUUUGGCCUAAAGGCUAUUCUUACGGUACUGCCUUAUACCUUUUCACCCCGUAUACCUAAUGGUUAAGAAUUGGCAGGAGUUUGGUUUUUCUACUUGGACUGUUCCAUCAUAGAUACAACUUCCACUUACAUUGCGCCUUUUAAUGAAAAGCCUUGAACUGUUCAAAAACACAACUCAAACCCACUGAACUCAGAGGGGCUUAAGCACAAAGAGAUUUGAAAUAAACUAUUAAGUUAGUUCUUUUUCA